AGAGGGGGAGCGUCUGCGCUCAAACAUCGCGAGAGGUUACGAGAGUUCCGGUGUUGUGAUGAUGAACGUCCCUGCCAACAUGGCGGUCAGCAUCCGCGGCCGUCCGACCCGGAGUGUACGGAUGAGAGGUCGGAAUGACAGCGGGGAGGAGAAUGUACCGCUGGAUCUUACGCGGGAACCCUCUGAUAACAUGCGUGAGAUCCUUCAGAACAUCGCCAAAUCUCACGGGGUUUCCAACAUGAGGAAGCUUGGCCACCUGAACAACUUUGUUAAGCUCCUGAACAGUGUAAAUAACUGUGAAGAGAAAUUAGGAUUUACAUACGAGGAAAUCAUCAUUUGUCUGCGCGUGGCCUUGCUGAAUGAGGUGAAAGAGGUACGGGCUGCGGGUUUGAGAGCGCUAAGGUAUCUGAUCCGUGACAGCAGCGUCCUUCAGACAGUUCUUCAGCUGCAGGUGGAUUACCUGAUCUCCAGGUGUAUUGACAUUCAGCAGAGCAAUGAGGUGGAGAGAACUCAAGCCCUCAGACUUGUCAGAAAGAUGAUAACAGUGAACGCACAGCUCUUUCCCAGCUCUUUAACGAACUCGCUGAUCGCGGUGGGGAACGACGGGCUGCAAGAGAGAGAUCGCAUGGUUCGAGCCUGCAUCGCCAUCAUUUGUGAACUCGCACUGAAGAACCCCGAGAUUGUGGCCCAGCGGGGAGGUUUGAGCACCAUCCUGAAGAACGUCAUUGACUGUCAGCUGAGCCGCAUCAACGAGGCCCUGAUCACCACCAUACUGCACCUGCUCAAUCACCCACACACACGCCAGUACAUACGUGCUGAUGUUGAACUGGAGCAAAUUCUUGCACCUUACACAGAUUUUCACUACAGACACAGCCCUGACACAGCAGAGGCACAAAUCAAGGAGGACAGAGAAGCUCGUUUUUUAGCCAGUAAAAUGGCUAUCAUUGCAGCCUUCCGCUCGUGGUCAGGUAUUAUUAACCUGUGUAAAUCAGGGAACUCAGGAGUCCAGUCUUUGAUAGGCCUGCUUUGUAUACCAAACAUGGAAGUCAGGAAAGCCUUAUUAGAGGUCAUGUAUGAGAUCUUCAGGUUGCCUGUUCCUAUAGUGACAGGAGAUUUUGAGGAAGCCCUGCACAGCGUGGACCCCAGCAAGUUUCAGGACAGCUGGAGACUAUCUGAUGGGUUUGUAGCUGCAGAAGCCAAAGUCAUAUUGCCUCACAGAGCACGAUCCAGACCAGACCUCAUGGACAACUACCUGGCACUACUGCUGUCUGCCUUUAUCAAUAGUGGACUGCUGGAGGGUCUGGUGGAGGUAGUGACCAGCAGUGAUGGACAGAUAUCAGUGAGGGCCACUAUACUGCUUGGAGAACUUCUGCACAUGGCCAAUACGAUUCUUCCUCACUCUCACAGUCAUCACCUGCACUGUCUGCCCACGUUAAUCAACAUGGCUGCUUCCUUUGACAUCUCUCAGGAGAAACGGCUGCGUGCCAGUGCAGCCGUGAACCACCUGAAGCGUUUCCACGAAAAGAAACGACGUGGCCCCAAACCUUAUAGUCUUUACCUGGAUCACAUUCUGCGCAGGACGUCCAACUCCACUCACAAGAGAGAGCAGCACCAGCGUCCACAGAAGGACAUCUACAUUAUGAAGGACACUGAAGAGGCGCUGAUGAUGAACUUGAGGGACAGUCAGAUCCUCAACCACAAACAUAACCUGGACUGGAACUGGAUUCUGAUCAUCACUAUACUGAAGUGGCCAAAUGUGAACCUCAGAAACAACAAAGAUGAGCAGAUGCACAAGUUUGUAAGGAGGUUGCUGUAUUUCUAUAAGCCCAGCAGUAAGCUGUACUCGGCUCUGGAGCUGGAUCACGCCAAAGCCAGACAGCUGGAUGUAGCGGGCUGCCAGUUCAACCAGUUCCUCUUGGAUUCAGAGGACGACGGUCAGGUGUAUUUAGAAGAGCUUGUGAAGGAUAUCGUUCAGUGGCUCACAUCCUCUUCUGGGCUUAAAUCUGAACGCAGUCUCCAUAGCAAUGGCCUCCUCAGCACCCUCAGUCAGCACUACUUCCUGUUUCUGGGUACUCUGUCUGCACAACCAUCCGGAGUCAAAAUGCUGGAGAAAUGUGGCGUUUUUCAGUGUCUCUUGAGCUUGUGCUCAAUGAAAAACCAGGAUCACCUGCUAAAACUAACGGUCUCCACUCUGGACUACAGCAGAGAUGGACUCGCUCGAGUCAUUCUGUCCAAGAUCCUCACAGCAGCCACUGAUAACUGCCGCCUCGCCACCAAACACCUGCGUGUGCUGCUGCUCGCGAACGUUGAGUUCUUCAGUAAUUGGGGGAUGGAGUUGCUAGUCACGCAGCUGCAUGACCACAACAAAACCGUCUCUAUGGAGGCGCUGGACAUCCUGGAUGAAGCCUGUGAAGAAAAGGCCAACUUGCACGCUCUGAUCCACAUGAAACCUGCUCUGUCUCACCUGGGAGAGAAAGGCCUUCUGCUGCUGCUGAGGUUCCUGUCCAUCCCAAAAGGCUUCUCUUACCUCAAUGAAAGAGGCUACGUCAGCAAACAGCUGGAUAAAUGGCAGAAGGAGUACAAUCUAAAGUAUGUGGACAUGAUUGAGGAGCAGUUAAAUGAAGCUCUCACAACAUACCGCAAACCUGUUGACGGAGACAACUACGUCCGCCGCAGCAACCAAAGGUUACAGAGGCCAAAUGUGUUUCUCCCUGUGCAUUUAUAUGGGCAGUUGGUCCAUGAUAAAACCGGCUGCCUUCUGCUGGAAACUCAGGGUGUUAUCCCGGAUCUCAGCUAUACAGUCCGAUCUCCAGUAUUGGAUCAUUUUGAGGGCAUUAAACAGCUGAAAGCAGCGCUGUGGGCUCUGGGAAACAUUGGCAGCUCAAACUGGGGCCUGAACCUUCUACAAGAGGAGAAUGUGAUUCCAGAUAUUAUUGCUCUGGCUCAGCACUGUGAAGUUCUGUCCAUACGUGGUACGUGUGUGUAUGUUCUGGGGGUGAUCAGCCGCACUCGGCAGGGCAGCGAUGUGCUGAAGGCUUUGGGAUGGGACUCUGUUGUUCGGCACAGCCGCAGGCAGCAGUGGCCCGUUGUCCCUGAUGAAGUGGGCCCGCUGCCCAGUGAACUGUCAUCUGUGCCCAGCACGCUCAGCCUCAACUCAGAGUCCACCAGCUCACGCCACAACAGCGAGAGUGAAAGUCAGCCCAGUUUGUUUUUCAUGGACGAUGAUCGUGAGGGUUUGGACAUGUACGAGGACUCUUCUCUCGGUUUACACACGAAAACCUCAAAGGACAGAAGCCCCUUCACCAUCCUGACUUCUUCACAUCUCCGAACCCGAUUUCUGAACUCCCUGUCUCUCCCCAGUAAGAAGGGACGGGGCCCCAGUGACACUAAAGGCACAACAAACGCAGGAAAAUCUCCAGAGGAGCUCCGGCUCAUGCGGCGCAACCGGACCAUAACUGAGCCCUCAAACUACUCUCCAGGCCACUCGGGGCAGAGCGAGGUCUUUUAUAAUGGCAGUCGCAUGCCUCGCAGCCCAACGGUCAGCCUUGAAACUUCGUUUGUGGGUAUUAAAGCACUAGCAGAGCCGUACGGCACAGAGGGAUGCUCGGAUUUGGAAAGCAGAGGUCAUCACAAGGCCGUGACACCGGGUGAGAGCCAGAGGGAGAGGAGCAGCAGGGAGCGUUUGACCUGCGACGGUGCGUCUGUGCUGCCCGGCGGGGGCACGUUUAAGAGCCGCAGUCAUAGCUUCAACACGGACACCACCACCAGUGGCAUCAGCUCCAUGAGCUCCUCCCCUUCCCGAGAGCCCGCCUCCUCCAUCGCCAUGGAUACGGACUGCGCCAGCCUCAACACGGUGGUCAGCGCUAAAACUGUGAAAAUGCAACACUCGCUCAGUCCUCAGUCCAACCACAACCACAUCCUGUUGUCCAAGUCUAAUUCCACCUCUCUGGUUCCUCCCGGGUCGGCUCACACGCUGCCGCGUAGGGCACAGUCGCUGAAGUCGCCCUCCGUGGCCACCAUCAAGAGCCUGGUGGACUGCAGCUACAUCUACACGAGCCCACGUGACGCCCUGGGUUACGCCACGCUAAAGCGCCUGCAGCAGCAGAGGAUCCACCCGUCCCUGUCACACAGCGAAGCGCUGGCGUCUCCCGCUAAAGACGUGCUGUUUACAGACACCAUCACCAUGAAAACACGCAGCCUCGACUCCCGGCUCACGCCACGCAGGUUUUUGAAAGCUCUGAGUUUUGCGUCUCUGGAUAAGGAGGACUUGUUGAGUCCGAUCAAUCACUCCACACUGCAGCGAUCCUUUUCCCUGCGCUCCAUGGUCUCCAGCGCCACCUUCGGCUGCAGUGAGGACUAUAUUGGCCUGGCACUGCCCCUGGACAUCAACCACAUGUUUCAGAUUCGAGAAACAUCAUAUUUCCAGAAGAGAACAAGCCCCCCUGCUGGAGAAAAAUCAUCCAAGUUUCUUUUUGGAGAAUCUGAUGAAGCGUGUUGUGGUCCUCUACUGAAGUCGCAGAUGAGUAUAACGGAGCUGUUAAACAGCAGCCGCUCGGAGCAGCACCACCUGCUGGGAGCCGACGAGAGCACAGGCCUUCAGGAGCACACGGAGAAGAACUGCCUCUACUGCUGCGCCGUCACUGUCCUCGGCUCACACACACACACACACCUGAACAACACACACGCGCGCGCAGAUCUGUCUGAUGGUUUCUCUCAGUGGCACAGCCAGCCUUCUCACAAUCACCUGGAGGUGGUCGCCCAGUCCAAGUUCUCUGGGAUCUCGGGCUGCAGCGACGCCGGCCGUCAGUCAGGGUCGGCCAGCAGCACUCCCAGCACAGAGCUCAUACUGGGUGGAAAAGCCAUAUCUGAGGACGGACCGGCCUGCAGAGUUCUGUUGAGGAAAGAGGUUCUGCGACUCGUCAUCAACCUCAGCUCUUCAGUCGGCACCAAAGGACAUGAAACCGGACUUCUCACGAUAAAAGAGAAGUUUCCCUUCACGUUUGAUGACAUCUGCCUGUACUCUGAGGUCUCCUUCCUGCUGGCCAACUGCAUGUUUUUCGUCUGGCUUCACGCCUUCAUCCAAGAGCUCUUCCAGGACGUGCAGUUCAUUCCGUUGUACGUCGAAGCUGAAGCGGUUUUGAAUAAACCUUCACAAGCUGUCCCGGCGGACACAGAGGAGUCUUGA